AUGGCCCAUUCACCACAUGGAAACGAUCAAUGGAAGAUAUCGCACAGAGUCAACGCAACCACACAGCCAUCAUUGUCUUUAGGCAGAUCACAAUCACCGUUCUCUCGCAUAGACAGGUACAGGCCUAAAUCACCCAUCAUCAAGCGAGACUCCCCACAGCAUAGCCCUGACCACGAUCACGAGCAGCUCUACCCACCAGACAGCAUGCAGCAAGAUGGAAUCAAGCCGGCCACUGUGCAACAAACCAAGGUGGUCCCAGAAGCUGCCAUCACCCAUCAAGAUCACAUACCAUGGACUUGGUGGUCGGGAUACGCUUUCUUUCUCACAUGCUGCAUCCCCAACUGGGCAUUGUCUGCUCUUGGAGGCAAAAAGACCAAGCUCAUCCAGCAAGCAUGGCGAGAAAAGAUUGCGCUCUGCAGUGUCAUUAUUCUUUUGUGCAUCUGCCUUGGAUUCCUCGCAUUUGGCAUGCGUCUGGCGCUCUGCCCACAUGAAAGAGAGACCAACUCAUACUCAUUCUACAACCAAAGCACCGGCCAAACAGAGCUGACAUGGCGAACGGACAUCAAUGUCUACGGAAGACUCUACCCAUUCGACUCUGUCAACACAUUUCUCGCCACACGAUACAACAUUACCCUAUCAAAAGACUUUGAAGGAGCCAACCUCAGUCCAUUGUUCGAUGCAGAUCCUGAUAGCCUGUGCAGUUCCUAUAUGACACCCACCACUGAGCAUUGCACUGUCAUGAAUCCCUACACGCCAGAACCCACAGCUGCGCUCAACCACUCUUGCAUUUCUAUACACGAAUUGACAUCGUGGUUCAAUGCUGAUAAUUUGCUGGAAUUCAGUUGGGACGACUUGAAGCUUCAGUUGAAACAGCCUGUAUUGCUUCAUCAGCCCUAUUUGAUGGUACUCAGUGACACAGUCAUCGAUAUUCAUGCUUACCUGGUGGCAAAUCAGAGCAUUUUCGGAGACAAUGUAGACAUGCUUUUGAGGCAGACUGCUGGACAGGACGCCACGUACAUCUUUAGUGCCUGGGACGAUGCCAAAGCAGCUUGGCCCUGUAUUUCUCGCAUUUAUGCAGCUGGUGUGAUCUCGAGUGACACAAUGGGAUGCAUCGCCUAUGAGAUCGUCACUGAUUUCUUUCUAGCCAUGGUCAUUAUGCUCAUGCUAAUACGCUACAGCAUGGCUUUGGUGUUUCACUGGUGGGUCAGUCGUCGCUUGACGCUACCGGGUGGCCGUUCUCGAGGCAUAUUCGCAUGGAGAUCCAUUGCUGGCGGUAAUCAGUUCCCCAAGAAGCAUAGGCCGUCUAAUUCUUCAUCACAGGAUACACUAGUCGCAGAGAAUGGCCUGCUGCCUUCUGUUCCUAAAACGAGCAAACUAGAUAUAUUCGAAAACGAUCCUCGACACACCAUCUUGUUUGUAACAUGCUACUCGGAGGGCAGGGAAUCCAUCAAAAGCACACUCGACUCGUUAGCAGCAACCACCUACUCCAAUGAUCACAAACUUCUCUUCAUUGUAGCAGACGGUAUCAUUACAGGCUCAGGCAACAGUAGACCCACAUCAGAGAUUUGCCGCGAUUUACUCACAUUGGUGGACUGUGGCCCAGACGAGGAAGAACCAGCAUUCGAAUACGAGGCCAUUGCCGAUGGAGCCAAACGAGUCAAUCGCGCCAGAGUGUACACGGGGCACUACAAAUCCAUUCCAGCCAUCUUGGUAGUGAAAUGCGGCACUGCAUUAGAAGCGCAUCCCAACAAUUCCAAGCCAGGCAAUCGAGGCAAACGAGAUUCGCAAAUGAUCCUCAUGACAUUCUUUCAAAAAGUUAUCUUUUACGACGUAUUUUCGCCACUGGACUAUGAGAUAUUCUGGAAAAUGAAGAAGCUGAUGAAGGGAGGACUCUCACCCGACAAAUUCGAACUAGCGUUGAUGGUGGAUGCCGAUACAAGAGUAGACCCAGACUCCAUCACACACAUGGUGGCAGCCAUGAACAAUGAUAUUACACUGAUGGGAUUGUGUGGCGAGACAAAAGUAGCCAACAAAAGCGCUUCUUGGGUCACUGCUAUUCAGGUGUUUGAAUACUUUAUUUCGCAUCACUACGCCAAAGCAUUUGAAUCUAUCUUUGGUGGCGUUACUUGCCUGCCAGGCUGCUUUUCCAUGUAUCGCAUUAAAGCACCCAAGCAUGGCGGUUGGAUCCCGAUAUUGGCAAAUCCAGACAUCAUUCAAGAGUUCAACCUAACUACUGUGAAUACAUUGCAUGCCAAAAAUCUACUGCUAUUAGGUGAAGAUCGCUUCUUAUCCACUCUGAUGCUGCGUGUAUUUCCAAGAAGACAGAUGAUAUUUGUGCCCCAAGCCACGUGUCGCACGAUUGUGCCUGAUUCAUUUGCCGUGUUACUGUCUCAACGAAGAAGAUGGAUCAAUUCAACAGUACAUAACCUAAUGGAAUUGGCGUUGGUGUCUGACUUGUGUGGCAUUGCUUGCUUGUCGAUGCAGUUUGUCGUGGUCAUUGAUCUGAUCAGCUCUAUUGUUCUGCCUGCUGCCAUCCUACUUUUGCUGGCAUUUUUCAUCAACUUGGGGUUCACUGAUUCGCCUCAAUAUCAGCCACUGUUCAUUCUACUUGCCACGCUUGGUCUGCCUGCACUCCUCAUACUAUUCACUGCGAAAAAAGUGUCUUAUAUAGGCUGGAUGACAAUCUAUAUUUUAGCAUUGCCCAUCUGGAAUUUCGUGCUGCCAAUCUAUUCAUUCUGGCAUUUCGAUGACUUUUCCUGGGGAGAAACUAGAAAAGUCAAUGAAACAGCACGACAAAUGCACGCCAAAGACGAGAAAACCACGGCUUCCUCUGUCGAUCUGACUGUUGAAAAGAAGUUAUGGCAUCUGUGGGAGCUGGAGCGACUGAAAUCACCCACCAACAGGCCUCAAAAGACCAAACGAAGUGCGCCUUAUCCGUCCCCUCCUCCUUCACCGAAACCAGCCUACAGAGUAACCACAGUCUCUCCUCAGGUAGUGGGGCUCUCUCCAACAAUAUACCCUCCUAUGUAUCAACAUCCAAUGUAUUAUAACAUCGACCCACGAUCCCAACAUCAACAGCAUCUCUAUCGCAAUAACAUGCAUCUUCUGCCACCACAUCCACGGCCCCAAUCCAUCGCCAUGUAUCCUCAAAACCACCAUCCCAUGCCCAUGUAUCAGCAGCCACAACAGCUUUCGCAGAACAGUAAUCUGCAAUACAAUCUGAAUAGAAGGUUUUCUACCAGCUUCUACUAA